AUGGGCGCUCCAUUACUACAAACAAGUUGGGUUGGAAAAUUGUUUGUGAAACUUCCAGGCCGAGCAAUGGAGAAACACUUAAGGCCAGUGUUCACUCUGGAGUUGGGAUAUAAAAUCCUGGCAGGUCUGGUGACUAUUGGGAAAUUCGAUGGGACGCAUCCCUGCCUGACGGCAGCCACCAGCACAGACAAAGUUCUGAUCCACAGUCCGCAUCGCAGAAACGCUUCUGAGGUGGGAAAACUGGUCUGGUCGGAAUCCAACAAGGAAAUCGCCACUUUGAACGUGAAUCAACCGGUCACCGCCCUGCAGGCUGGCCAGCUGAUUCCGGGCUCGGACAAAGACAUUCUAGCUAUCGGCACCGCAAGCAACCUGCUAGUCUACCACGUGCACGACAACAAGGACAUUUUCUACAAAGAAUGUGAGGAUGGAGUCCGAUCGAUCACCAUCGGCCAGUUCCACCAGUUCAAGAGCAACAUCUUGCUGGUUGGAGGAAACUCAUCGAUCCAUGGCUACGACCAUACCGGUCAGGACGUGUUCUGGGUGGCCAUCGGCGACAUCGUCACCGCCCUGGUCCUAAUGGACUACAACCUGGAUGGCAGCAAUGAGCUGAUUGUCAGCUCAGAAGACUACAACAUCCGCGUUCUGAGCGGCGACAAUGUGAUAGCCGAGCACAACGAAACCGAAGUGGUUUCCGGACUAUCCGGCCUACCGGAUCAGAGGUUCGCCUACUCAGUAUCCAAUGGGACUGUGGGCGUUUACGAGAGGAAAUCGCGACUUUGGCGCGUCAAGUCGAAGAACUUUGCGGUUUCGAUGCAUCAGUACGACCUGCUGGGCCAGGCGGCUGCUCAGCUGAUCACUGGCUGGUCCAAUGGGAAGAUCGACUGCAGAAACUUCAACACUGGCGAGGUGCUGUUCAAGGACUCCAUGCCCUCCAGCCUGGCGGGAAUUGUGGAAGGCGACUACCGAUCAAUGGGCAGGAAUGACUUGAUUUGCGUCUCAACUGAAGGAGAAGGCACGUACCAUAAUCAAGCUGUUUUCCAAUAUUUUUUAAUUUGCAACGUUUUAGCAGUUGAUAAAAUUUUUAAAAAACCUGAAAUUUAUCAGCCCCAUAUUGAGGUCUACAUCUGCACCAACAACUCAACCAUCAUCAAGGCAGUGAUCAUUUUCGCUGAAGGAAUUUUCAGCGGCGAAAGCCACGUGGUCCAUCCAGAACUAUCCAGACUGGCCUCCGAUAUGUCCGUCCCCUUGUAUCUCCCACGGGACACUUUCGUGGAUAUUCACCUGAAGGCCUUGGUCGGAUACCCAAACAGUAUCCAGUUUCAUGUCUUUGAGGUCACCAAGCAGCUACCAGCGUUUUCCAUGUAUGCCCUGGGAGUGAAUGAGGAAGCCACCAGGCCUAAAGGGUUCGUCCAGUUCAAAACGGCCGAGCGUCUGCAAAGAAUCUGCCUGUGGAUAAACCAGAACUUCAUUUUCCCGGACGACAUCGAGUUUGAAUCCGGGCCCACCUUGCAGCUCACCAUCAAAUGCCUACGGGACUCCACUGACUUGGUGAUGCUCUUUGAAGUCUCUGGCAGAACCACCUUUUUUUGCAACAACAUGUUUCUGGCCGCUGACCUGGUGCAGUCUCUGGCCGGGUACUUGAAGCUGGAUAACUUGCAGUCAAGGGCGUCCUUCGAGCAAGAGGAGGACAACCUGAAGCAGCUGAUGCAGAAGCUGAGCGACAUCCAAGAAGCUCGCUUGAAGCUGGAUACGGAUGUAGCUGACCAACUGGGGCGCAUCAGGAACCUGAUAAUCCGCGCAGAAGACUGCAGGAUCAACGACAU